AUGGCACCCUGUGGAUGUCCCGGACGCAAUAAAGUCAUAAGACGCAAGAUUGUAAUUUUGGGUGAUGGUGCGUGUGGUAAAACAUCACUACUCAACGUAUUUACACGAGGAUACUUUCCGCAGGUAUAUGAACCAACGAUAUUUGAAAACUAUGUGUGCGACAUGUAUUUGGACGAUCAACAUAUUGAAUUAUUACUAUGGGAUACUGCUGGCCAGGAAGGGUUUGAUAGAUUAAGAGCACUAUCAUACGCAGAUACUCAUGUAAUAUUGCUCUGCUUCUCAGUGGAUUACAGAGAUUCUCUGGAAAACAUUGAACAUAAAUGGAUGGAAGAAAUCAUAGAGAAUUGCCCUGGUGUAAAGAUAUGUCUAGUGGCAUUGAAAUGCGAUCUGAGAGAGGAUCCACGUACGAUAAAGAAUUUACAAGAAGCAGGGCAGAAGCCGAUCACUUACGAGGAGGGUCUUGAAGUAGCGAGGAACAUUCAAGCGGCUAGAUAUCUGGAAUGUUCAGCAUUGCUUGAUAGAGGUGUAAAAGACGUUUUUCAACAUGCUGCAAAAGUCAGUCUCAAAGCAAGAGCUAAAGGAAGCUAUAAAACGAGGCGUUGUACUAUACUCUAA